AUGCAUCGCCCCAAAAGACCAAAGCGCAACACGGGACCUUGGUCGUCACAGCGAAUCUUCAACUCUUCGUCGCCGAUCGUCGGCGCAGAUGUGCACGGAUUUCUCGUGACGGCUGUCUCAGGCUGGACCGCCGCGCCCGACAGCUAUACGGAGACGGAAAAGCGCUCCAUCAUCGACAGUCUCCCGCCACGGUAUCGGAAGUACGAAGUUGACGACGAGGGCCGCCUCAAAUGCCCGCUGUCGGUGGACUUUGUGCUCGACGAUCCCUACGUCCGGGCGGCCGUGCACAAGUUCAAGAGGGACGUAAGUGAGGGAUUCUACGAGAAGAGCUGGCAGAACCAGGCCAGGAAAGCCAUGCAGGAGAGGCGAGACGGGAAAUUUGACCCUUAUCUGCAGGAGCAGACGGAGGAAUCGUUUGGAGAUCCAGGCCCGGACGGCCAGGGUGAAACCGCUGACGAGGACAUCCAUCCUGAAGUGGAUUCGAGUGACGGGGACUGGGCCGAACGGCCAGGCGGCAGUGCAAGAGGCUCUAAGUAA